AUGACCUCAUCGAAGGAAGACCCCAAACCCAAAACGAGUGUCCCUAGACACCCCACGGGGAUUGAAGGCGAGGACACCAACGACUGCGUCAAGUGGUGCUUCACUGAACUCGACCCGGAUGCUCUCAGUUUAAACUACGGAUGGCCUUCGGAUUUUGUCACCUCACAGUGGCCUGGAAGACCAUGGAUAUACGUCAUCUAUCGAACAACGGUAGGGGUCGCCCUGUUCGGCUGGAUGCUCGCAGACAUAGCCUACGAAGCGACGACAUUCUAUCAGGGGAAUGGCUGGAGAUGGUUUCUGUUCGCUUCCAACUGGAGUUUUGCCAUUUUGACAAUCACCGCUGUUCUGCAGGCUGUCACCAGCACGUUACACGUAUACAAACCGUAUUGGAUCAUUG